AUGGCUUCCAAUACGCCGAAUUUGGAGUGCCGCAUGUACGAAGCAAAAUACCCGGAGAUAGACGCGGCGGUGAUGAUCCAGGUCAACCGCAUUGACCACAUGGGCGCCUAUGUCUCCCUUCUCGAGUAUAACAACAUGGAGGGCAUGAUUCCCUUGACGGAGCUAAGUAACCGUCGCCUCCGGAGCAUCAACAAACACGUCAAGGUGGGCCGCAUCGAGCCCGUCCUGGUUUACAAGGUCGACGAACACAAGGGCUACAUAGACUUGAGCAAGCGGAGGCUUUCCCACGAAGACAUCCAGGCCUGCGACGAAAAGUACAACAAGAGCAAGCUCGUCCACUCCAUCAUGCGCCACGUUGCCGAGACUUUGAACAUUGAUUUGGAGGAGUUGUACGUCAACAUUGCAUGGCCGCUGUACCGGAAGUACGGCCAUGCAGCUGAAGCUUUCAAAAUAAUCGCCACGGAUUCCGAUUCGGUUCUCGAUUCCCUGACUCCCACCGUAUCGGAGGAAGUGAAGGAAUGUCUGCUGAAGAACAUCAAGAGAAGAAUGCCGGUGCAACCAUUGAAGAUCCGAGCCGAUAUUGAAGUCACGUGUUAUCACUUCGACGGCGUUCUUCAUAUCAAGGAUGCGCUUCGAAAGGCGGAAGCUGCGGGGAACGAUGAGUGUCCUGUGAAAGUUAAGCUGAUUGCUCCUCCACGUUAUGUUGUUACUACGCAGACUCUCGAUAAGAAGCAAGGGAUAUCGGUUUUGAGCGAAGCCAUUGAAACCUGCAGGGAAGCAAUGGAGCAUCACAAGGGGAAACUAGUAGUUAAGGAGGCACCGAGAGUGGUGAGUGAGGUGGAGGAUAAGAUGCACACAGAUCAGCAGAAGAAUGCGGAGGUUAUGAGUAGUGAUGAUGAGGGUGAGGAAGAAGAAGAAGAAGACACAGGAUUGGGAGACGUCGACGUGGAGAACGCAGGCCAGGGCAUUAUUGUAGAUUGAAAAAGCUA